CGCAUGCUCCGUGAGCGCUGACGAGGAGGCGAGACGGUGGGAAAUGACUGGAGGGGGUCUCUUAUGUCGGCGUGAAUUUAACGUUAGAUAUUUGCGUUUUGUUUUGUCAAAGUAGUUUUUUUUUGUCUUUUGUCAAUGCUGGCCGUCGGGCUGCGCAGGACGUGUGGUGAAACGGAAGGACUUGCGGUGCCGGAGAAACACCGCUUACCGUUAACCGUUAACCGUUAGUUCCUUCCCUCCGCCAGAAUGCCGCGGGACCACAAAACUCCUCUUAUUCAGAAAAUAGCCCAACAAGCUUACCUCACCUUUAAAGGCCUAACGUCGUCCGCCAACGGGGACAACGCGCUGGCGGAGGACCAGCAGGGUGAGCUGGUCUCCCUGGUGACGGCGGUCAGGGCCGUUGACCUGAAAAUCGCUCCCCGGAAAACCCAACCGAGCUCCGGGGCAGCGGGGCUCCAGAGCCCCCCGGUCACCUACAUGCACAUCUGCGAGACGGAGGCGUUCAGCAUGGGGGUGUUCCUGCUGAAGACCGGCGCCUCCAUACCGCUACACGACCACCCGGGCAUGAACGGCAUGCUGAAGGUUCUCUACGGGAAGUUGAGCCUCCGCUGUUUUGACAGGCUUGAGGAUAACCUCACAGCCGGCGACGUCCUACCUCACUUCGAGCCCCCGCUGGCUCCGUUCCAGACUCCCUCCCUGCGGCGCGCCAUGCUUCGCUCGGUCGCCGAGUACUCCGAGGACAGCGGGCCGUGUCUCCUCACCCCUCUCCGGGAAAACCUCCACCAGAUUGACACGGUGGAGGGGCCAGCCGCUUUCCUGGACAUCCUGGCACCACCGUACAAUCCAGACGAUGGGCGGGACUGUCACUACUACAAAGCGCUCCAGACUGUGGCAGAGGGGGGAUUGGAUGGAGAGAGCGAGGAGGUGAAGCAGGGAGAGGAGACGUGGCUCCUCGAGAUCCCGCAACCAGAAGACUUCUGGUGUGGCGGGGAACCCUACCCGGGCCCCGCGGUCUCCUUCUGAAUGCAACCUCUGACCUGAGGAACUAUUCUGCAGCACGUGAGGGUGAUGACACCGAUGAUACAUCCAUCUGCAGGAAAAGAGUUAGUUUGCCCCGCAGGAAAGUGGAACAUGUCAUUGUUACCUGGAACUCAAAGGGAUUGGGUGCCUUGCUCGUGAGUGCAGCAGCAGGGCCUUGGCUUGGAGAAACAAAGGAUUCAACUCUGAAACAGAACGCAGACUUCAGAGCGGCCUUCUGCACGUCAUCGAUAUUCCUGUGAGAGACGACACAAGGAAUGUGCACUCCUAAUCAUUUUUUAUUUCACCGUUCUGUUGCCUUGUACACACAUGAAGGUUAUGUGUGUAUGCAGGGAGGUCAUAAGCACCUCGUAUCUUCCGUUUACACGUUAUUCUUCCACUCUGCUGUGGAGGACCUCCACGUCGCAGCGUGUCUCCAGACCCACGCGUGCAGCUUCAGCCUGCCUUAUUUUGUAAUAUGUAACAUUUAGUUAUUAUCAGUUUUUCUAAUGCACACCCUUUAUUUCUUCUUCCUGUGCACGCGCUACACUAUAUUUUUGUUUUAUGUAUUUAAGUUAUUCCAAUUUCCUGCUACUCAGUAAAGGGAAAAUAAGCUGUUCAAUAUUCAGCUGCUAUUAUGAAUUAGUAAUUCAUUAAUAUUGCUGCAGUUGGCCGGAAACCAAAUGUCCAAAAGUUGGUUAUGGCGCUUUACAGGUUUAAACCAGCAAAUGUGGUGAUUUGUGUUUUUGUCUUGUUUAUUAAAGCACAGCUAGCGGUGCUGUCAGCAAACACUUUAUUCCAUAAUCCCUGUAGCAUCGCAGUUCCAUGUGGUAAACAGGCACCGCGUGUGGUUUCACCUGCCCUCCAGGAGGAAAUGGGAAGCGACGAGUCCUUUGUGAGGUCACUUUACAUUUAUAUGGACGGACAAGGUUUCUGCAGAACACUGACAAUAUUAUGUUAUGUCAUUUUACCUAAUGCAACUUAGUCCAGUGGUCCUAGUCCAGUGAUCAGUGAUCUCGGCAAUAAGGAGAAAACCAAAUAUCCCUGUUAUUUUUCUAAAUACUUCCAUAGAUUUCUAUAGACUCUAUGUCACUUUAGCUCACGUCUUUGUGUCAGUCUGCACAUGGCUCUAUUCUGUAACUCCCAUGUGGAAUAAAUGUGGAUCAAUAAAGUAGACGGGAAUAAUCAGUGA